CUUUGGGCGUCCAGGGGCAAGUAAACAGUUCCGCUGUGUCGCGAUGGAAUCAAACAAGGACGAAGCCGAGCGGUGUAUUAAGAUUUCUCUAAAUGCGAUAAGCAAUAAUCAGCCAGACAAAGCCAGGAAGUUUCUGGAAAAGGCGCAGCGCCUGUUUCCGACAGAGCAAGCCAAAAACCUGUUGGAGUCGUUAACACGGAAUGGGAAGCCUCCGGAUGACAGCAGCAGCAGCAGUCCUAUGAACGGAGACGGUCCCGGACUGAGACACCGCAGCCACGCAGAGGAGGCUCAUGUGUCUGGAGAGGCGGCCACAGACACGGCGAAACCAUACACCGCCGAGCAGCUGGAGGCCGUCAAAAAGAUUAAGAGCUGUAAAGAUUACUAUCAGAUUCUGGGAGUUGAAAAGAGUGCCUCUGAGGAAGAUCUUAAAAAAGCGUACAGAAAGCUGGCUCUGAAAUUCCACCCUGAUAAAAACCACGCACCGGGAGCCACAGAGGCAUUUAAAGCCAUUGGGAAUGCCUAUGCUGUGCUGAGUAACACUGAGAAACGAAGGCAGUAUGACCAGUAUGGAGAGGAGAGAUCGCACCCAAGCAGACACGGACACCAGCGCCAUGACUUUGAGGCAGAUAUCUCACCUGAGGAUCUGUUCAACAUGUUCUUUGGUGGAGGCUUCCCAUCAAGCAAUGUACAUGUUUACAGAAAUGGCAGAAUGCACUUUGGCCACCAUAACAGGCAAGAGAGAAGAGAACAGCAGAGAGAUGGAGGUCUGGCAUUGUUUGUCCAGCUGAUGCCCAUCUUCAUCCUUAUUGUUGUUUCUGCUCUAAGCCAAAUGAUGGUGUCCCAGCCCCCUUACAGCCUUAGCUACCGCCCGUCAGCUGGCCAUAUUCACAAAAGGCAUACAUCAGCCCUGAAGGUGCCUUUCUAUGUGGGUGACCGAUUCAAUGAAGAAUACUCUGGAAAUAACCUGAGGAGUGUUGAGAAAAGUGUGGAAGAAGACUACAUCUCCAACCUCAGAAACAACUGUUGGAAGGAGAAGCAACAGAAGGAAGGCUUACUGUAUCGUGCUCGUUAUUUUGGGGAUUUGGACUUGUACGAAAGGGCGCAGAAAAUGGGAACUCCUAGUUGUUCCAGACUAUCUGAGAUUCAGGUUAUACUACAUGGCUAGAAACCACUGGCACUCAUAUGGGUUCUUUGGUACUUGAAUCUUAUUAGAAGAAAUCUGGUGGAGCCCACUCAAAUUGGAGCAAAUUACUGCAGCAAACCAAGAGAAUCAGAAAUGCCUUACUCACGGUGGGCAGCAGAUCUCAUCAGGGAACCUCUCUGCAACUUCCUGUAGAUUGACUUCCUGUAGAACUGUGAGAAGCUUGAGUUUUUCUAACACUAGUGUCUUCAAAGUGGUGAGAGUCCACUUGGGGGCACAGUUCGAAAGUAAAAGCAUAGCUGUCUUUUUGAAUGGUAAACAAAGCUGCUACGAUUUAGCUUUCUCUGUCCCAAUCCUUUUGUUUUCCUAAAUGCUUUGAGAAACCUCAUGGCCUUCUCGUAGACAGACAUCUGAGCCACUGACGAAACAGUGUGUAAUUUUUAUAGUUCUUACCAUGUAAAUAUACAUUUACUUUUAACAGUGCAGGGUUUAUUGAAGUUAAGCUAAUAUCAUUUAUUAUAAAAAUUUAAUGUUAUUCUGUGGAUCUGCUUGUAGCCUGUUGAAUUGAGUAUUGAAAAUAAUUGCACAAACAAGUAAACCCAUAUUUAUUAAAUCAAUCCUGCUAAAAUUGUAUAAAAGUUUAUUUGAAUUAAAUUUGUUCAAUGAC